CUGAGCCCACUUAUUUCAAAAAGGGCAAAAUAGAGAAUUAAGAGCUUUUCUAUAAAAGUCGUCAAAAGAAGUAAAGCCUCAUUUCUCUGGGAAGUUUCUGCCAUCGAAUUCCAUCCUUGGUUCAUCGACACAGCGUUGUUCAGCUACAGAAGUGAAAUGGCGGGUGGGAGGGUUGCUCAUGCUACCUUGAAAGGACCAAGUGUUGUUAAGGAGAUAGUUAUCGGGAUAACGCUUGGCCUCUGUGCUGGUGGGCUCUGGAAGAUGCAUCACUGGAAUGAGCAGAGGAAAGUGAGAGCAUUCUACGACAUGCUCGAGAAAGGUGAAAUCAGUGUUGUUGCAGAAGAAUGAAUGUUUUAAUUUCUUGUGAAAUUGUGGACAGCUUCAGCUGCAUUUUGUUACUUGCGUUCCCUUCAUUAGACUCCUAUAUUGAUGAUGAGCAAACUCAAUUUGAAUAAUUUCAUCUCAUUGAGAUCUUGAUUUCAAUAUUUGCUUGGCAUAUUGUGCCCAUAUGGAUUCUUCUAUAAAAGGUUUCUUUUGCAUC